CCCCCUCAUAAACACACACUCUCAGCGUUCCUUGCAGUUCACGCCAAAACGUCUGCUCUCUCUCUCUCUCUCACACUUCGUUUGUGUGUCAAAAGAAAACCCCCAGAGCUCUGCUUCUAUUAAUCACCCUCACUGACUUUGUGAGGCUCAUUGUGAGGGGUUGUGGUUUUUGCACGCAAUGGAGGAACUGGGGUUUUUACAGUGGACGAGGAGCAAGAAGGAGCUUUCUGUGUGUUUGAUAAUGGCCGUUCUGCUUCUUCUCUCCCCCAUUGCUUCACCACUCAACGACCAAGGGAAAGCGUUAAUGUCGAUGAAGGCCUCGUUUAGCAACGUCGUGAAUGUUUUGCUUGACUGGGACGACGUCCACAACGACGAUUUCUGUUCCUGGCGCGGUGUCUUUUGCGACAAUGUCAGCCUCUCUGUGCUUACUCUGAAUCUGUCGAAUUUGAACCUGGGCGGAGAGAUUUCACCAGCCAUUGGAGAUUUGAGAAACUUACAAUCCAUAGACUUGCAGGGGAAUAAGCUUACUGGUCAAAUCCCAGAUGAAAUUGGGAACUGUGCUUCUCUUGUUCAACUGGAUCUUUCUGAUAAUAUCCUGUAUGGGGACAUACCCUUUUCAAUGUCUAAGCUUAAGCAGCUUGAGCUUUUGAAUUUGAAGAACAAUCAGCUGACGGGUCCUAUUCCUUCAACACUAACCCAGAUUCCAAACCUCAAGACUCUUGAUCUUGCUCGGAACCAGAUUACUGGGGAGAUACCAAGACUUCUGUACUGGAAUGAAGUGCUGCAAUAUCUAGGGUUACGUGGCAAUUCAUUGACUGGGACACUUUCACCUGAUAUGUGUCAGUUAACUGGCCUGUGGUAUUUUGAUGUUAGAGGCAAUAAUCUUACUGGUACAAUCCCAGACAGCGUUGGGAACUGCACAAGUUUUGAAAUCUUGGAUAUAUCCUACAAUCAGAUCACCGGGGAGAUUCCCUACAAUAUUGGAUUCCUACAAGUGGCAACCCUGUCCCUGCAAGGAAAUAAACUAACAGGGAGGAUCCCAGAGGUGAUUGGUUUAAUGCAAGCCCUUGCUGUCCUGGAUUUGAGUGAGAAUGAACUUAUUGGGCCAAUACCACCAAUUCUUGGCAACUUGUCAUACACGGGCAAACUGUACCUCCAUGGCAACAAGCUUAGUGGGCCAAUUCCUCCAGAGAUCGGCAAUAUGUCAAAACUUAGCUACUUGCAAUUAAAUGACAACAAAUUGGUUGGGCAGAUUCCUGCUGAACUUGGGAAGCUGGAGCAGUUGUUUGAAUUGAAUCUUGCCAACAAUGAGCUUGAGGGACCCAUUCCACAAAACAUCAGCUCUUGCACAGCAUUGAAUCAAUUCAAUGUGCAUGGUAAUCAAUUAAAUGGAUCAAUCCCAUUGGGUUUACGCAAUCUGGGGAGUUUGACUUAUCUAAAUCUUUCAGCAAAUAGUUUCAAAGGCAGGAUACCUGUAGAGCUGGGACAUAUUAUUAAUCUUGAUACACUGGAUCUCUCUGGUAAUAAUUUCACUGGACCUGUUCCCGCUUCUGUUGGUGAUCUAGAGCAUCUUCUCACUCUGAAUUUAAGCAACAAUCAUUUUGAUGGUCCUCUACCAGCUGAAUUUGGCAACCUCAGAAGCAUACAGAUUAUUGAUAUGUCAUUCAAUAAUCUCUCGGAUAGCAUCCCUCCAGAGUUGGGUCAGUUGCAAAAUAUUCUCUCUCUGAUUCUUAACAACAACAACUUGCAUGGAAAAAUUCCUGAUCAACUAGCAAAUUGUUUCAGUCUUGCCACUCUGAAUGUCUCUUACAAUAACUUAUCGGGAGUUGUACCUCCUUUGAGGAACUUUUCGCGGUUUUCUCCAGACAGCUUCAUUGGAAACCCAUUAUUAUGUGGCAACUGGUUGGGAUCAAUAUGUAGACCUUACAUGCCAAAAGCCAGAGCUCUUUUCUCUACAGCUGCGGUUGUAUGUAUGACACUGGGCUUCAUCACAUUAUUGUGUAUGGUAAUAGUUGCUGUCUACAAAUCUAACCAACCAAAGCAAUUGGGAAAGGGAUCUAAAGGGAUUGGGCAAGGUACCCCCUCAAUUGUAAUUCUUCACAUGGAUAUGGCAAUUCACAGCUUUGAUGAUAUAAUGAGAAUCACCGAGAAUUUGAGUGAGAAGUAUAUUAUUGGGUAUGGUGCUUCUAGCACAGUGUACAAGUGUGUCUUGAAGAAUUCCCGGCCAAUUGCAAUUAAGCGACUUUACAACCAAUCUCCAAACAACGUGAGAGAAUUUGAAACUGAACUUGAAACCAUUGGCAGCAUCCGACACAGGAACCUAGUCAGCUUGCAUGGUUAUGCUCUGUCUCCCUAUGGAAACCUUCUCUUCUAUGACUACAUGGAAAAUGGUUCUCUGUGGGAUCUUCUUCAUGGUCCAUCAAAGAAGGUUAAACUUGAUUGGGAGACACGACUGAGAAUAGCUGUCGGGGCUGGUCAGGGACUUGCUUAUCUUCAUCAUGAUUGCAACCCCAGAAUCAUACACAGGGAUGUGAAAUCCUCCAAUAUCCUGCUGGAUGAGAAUUUUGUGGCUCAUCUCUCUGAUUUCGGGAUUGCUAAAUCUAUCUCAACUGCAAAAUCACAUGCAUCGACUUAUGUUCUUGGAACAAUUGGCUACAUUGACCCAGAGUAUGCUCGAACAUCCCGGCUUAAUGAAAAAUCAGAUGUUUAUAGCUUUGGUAUUGUUCUUCUGGAGCUUCUGACCGGGAAGAAGGCAGUGGAAAAUGAGUCAAACUUGCAUCAACUGAUACUGUCCAAGGCAGAUGAUAAUACAGUAAUGGAGGCUGUUGAUCCUGAGGUUUCUGUGACAUGCAUGGAUUUAGCCCAUGUCAGGAAGACCUUCCAACUUGCUUUACUGUGCACGAAGCGGAACCCUACUGAGAGGCCAACCAUGCACGAGGUUGCAAGGGUUUUAGUCUCCCUGCUUCCAGCGACCCCAAGAAAACCUGGUUCUGAUCUGCCAAAGACCAUCGACUAUGCUCAAUUUGUGAUUGACAAGGGGCAGCAACAAUCAAAAAUGCAGCAACAGCAACGGCAGCCACAAGUUCAUCAAGAGAACAAUUCGGCCGAUGCUCAGUGGUUUGUUCGGUUCGGAGAAGUUAUAUCUAAGAACACCUUUUAAAGCAAGUUUCCAUUGGAGUCCUUUUGGCAUCCAUCAUAUCAAAAACAAAAAGAAAAUUGAAACAAAGCACGGAAAUGAGGAAAAUCCCAAGUUUUGGACAAGUUGAAUAUCUGGAUUGAUCGACUUGGUUCCUGGCAAAAUUUAUUUUGAUGCUUAGGUAGUCUGAUAUAUAUACAUUAGACCCAUUUUUGGACGGUGAUUCUCCGAACCUUUUGGUACAAGCAAAAUCCUGAAUCUGUAAUAUUUUAUUUUGUUGUAGAACUUGCUGACAGCUUUGUCUAUGCUCUUCUAUAUUUAAUACUAGUUGUAUUUACUGGCCCUUUAAAUGCUUUGUCUUUGAAAGU